AUGUCAGACUACCUAAGUAGGCACCCUGAUGUCACAAAGACGCAAGCAGGCGACGCAGGAAAAAUCGCAGAAGAAUACCUGUCAUUCAUUACAUACCAUGAUGUUCCAAAAGCGAUGACGUUGCAUGACAUAAUCAAUGAGACAAGCAGUGACAACGACCUUCAACAAGUGAUGCAAAACGUCAGACAAUUCUCGUGGAAAUCAAAUUACAAAACAAAUACGGUACUAGAUACCCUUGCACGUGUGAAAAAUGAACUGACAGUUGUGACGUUCAAAAACGGCGAAGUUCUCUUGCAUAGAAAUAGAAUCGUGUUACCUAAACAGUUGCAACAGAAGGCUAUUUCAAUAGCACACGAAGGACACCCAGGAAUAGUUAGGACAAAACAACUAUUGCGCGAAAAGGUGUACUUUCCAAAAAUGGACAAAAUGGUUGAGGACUUGUGUAACAGUUGUAUUCCCUGUCUCGCAGCAACUGAUAAAAACUCCAGGGAACCACUUCAAAUGACUGAAAUGCCAAAACAGGCAUGGGAUUCAGUGAGCAUGGAUUUCUGUGGACCAUUUCCUGAUGGAAAAUAUCUUCUUGUUCUGAUUGAUGACUUUUCAAGAUUCCCAAUUGUUGAAAUAAUAACAUCUCUUAAUGCAAAAUCAGUUAUUGAGAAGCUUGACAAAAUAUUCUCAGAAUAUGGAAUACCUGAAAUACUGAGAACUGACAAUGGACCGCCGAUGAAUAGUGCAGACUUUCAAAACUUUUCAAAACAAUUUGGUUUCAAACACAGAAAAAUUACCCCUAUCUGGCCUCAAGCAAACGAAGAAUGCGAGCGUUUCAUGAAAACAAUAGGAAAAGUAAUUAUUGCAGCAAAAACUCAAAAAGCAGAUUGGCGCACAGACAUGUAUGCAUUCGUACGCAACUAUAGAGCUACAAAACAUGCGACUACAAAAUACAGUCCAGCAGAAGUCUCUUGGAAGACAGAUUAG